AGUACAGGACAAAUGCUUUGUACCUGUCCCUAAAACUUACUAUUGUAAAAGAUCCAUGAAGCAAGGCAAGCUACAGACCCAAAGACUCCUCAUUAACUACUAUUGUGAAAGAUCCACGAAGCGAAGCAAGAAAAUUAACGCUGGAACUUACCACAGACUUAUACCCCAACAUAACAUGCGUAAGGACGAGUUCAUUUAAAGUGCAAGGUGAAGAUGACUACUAGCCUUCAUCGGGGACCCCAAAAACGACCACCGCCGCCAGGAGAAGCGCAUGUGCAAGGGGAGAAUACCUGCCUUCAACACUGACCACGCCUCAGACACUCCUAUCCUGGCACGUGUGGCCUGCCAGGUGGAGUUUGGUGGGACAAAGGCGGGUCAUCAGGAGUAAUCAGGUGUACGAACUAGCAUAAAAGACAGCUCCGGAGCAGCUGAACUUGGAAGAUCUUCCCCACCGUGAGAUCACAUCGAUCGAAGACAGAAGCAGAGGAACCUCUUCUGGACCGGGACCCCCAAGACGCCGGACGUCUGUGGACCCGUGGUGAAGGAGCAUCAAAGAACCUUUCUAUCCAAGAAACAGAGAGUUUGGAAAAUAGCCCAGAUAAACCUGCCUCAGUCAUCCGGGUGGCCCCUCCUUUCUCCCAAGACCAGACAGUUAAUGCUUGGUUCACUGACGCUUCUGCCAAAAGAGAAGGGAAGGUGUGGAAAUAUCGAGCAGCUGCUCUUCACACUUCCUCUGACGAACAGAUUAUCACCGAAGGAUUGGGCAGUGCACAAGUAGGUGAAUUAAUUGCAGUGUGGAGUGUUUUCCAACGGGAAGCCCAAACUACUUCUCCCGUUCAUAUAUAUACAGACUCCUAUGCUGUGUUUAAAGGAUGUACAGAAUGGCUCCCUUUCUGGGAGCAAAAUGAAUGGGAAGUAAAUAGAGUACCAGUAUGGCAAAAGGAAAAAUGGCAAGAGAUUUUGAAAAUUGCACGCCAAGGCAACUUUGCUGUGGGAUGGGUCGCUUCACACCAGACAGAUGGGGGCACAGCAGGGGAGUGGAAUAAUAGAGCUGACGAACUGGCUAGGCUUGCUCCUAUACAAAAGGAUCAAACUUCAGAGAAUUGGGAACGCUUGCUCGAGUGGUUGCAUGUCAAGCGUAAGCACACCGGUGCUAAAGACCUAUAUCGAGAAGCCCUCGCUCGUGGCUGGCCUGUUACCCGAGAGAUGUGUAAGACCUGUAUAUCAGCCUGCGAACAAUGUCGUAUACGGCUCGAAAGACACCCUCUAGAAGACGAUCCUUUACAUCUGAGAGAGGGUAAAGGCUUAUGGGAUGCUUGGCAGGUGGAUUAUAUAGGCCCCCUUAAAAGAUCAGGGGGGAAGCACUUUGUGCUAGUUGGCGUAGAAAUAACAUCAGGUUUAGUACAGGCUGAAGCUUUUAAGAGGGCUACAGGAGACAACACGGUGAAAGCACUGAAGGAAUGGUUUGGGACGUUUCCAAAACCUCAAGAGAUACAGUCUGACAACGGCUCUCACUUCUCUGCUAAAGUAGUGCAAGAAUGGGCAAAGGCUGAAGGGAUUAAGUGGGUUUUCCAUACCCCCUAUUACCCUCAAGCCAAUGGAAUAGUAGAGAGGACCAAUGGUCUUUUAAAACGACUCCUAAAACCUCAUGAGGGAAAUUGGGAUGCCCGACUGUGGGAAGCUGUCAAAGGUGUGAACGACCGCUGGGGGGUAAAUGGAUGCCCAAAAAUCACUGCUUUUUGCCCAAAGGCUCCCAUCCUAACACCUUCUGUGAAAGAGCCUAGUGAUACUAAGGAAGCAUCCUAUUUCUCAGGACAACCAGUUCUGGUAGAGCUCCCUACUGUGGGGAGUGUACCAUUGGUGCUGAAGACUCCUUUAAAUAAAUUUACAUGGAUAGCUACAAAUGCCCUGGGAAAGGAACAUAGGAUCAAUACCCGCUGGAUCGUUCCAUCAUUUUAAUUCCUAUUUGCCUGAAAAGGGCAAGUUUUUAUUUUUUGUUUUGCAGAAGAACCCCGUGGGACUUUAAGAAUUUCCAUAGAAGGAACAUGAAUAAAAAUUGAAGACCUAAACCUGAAAAUGGCUCACAAAAUUUUGAUUGGGUCAUUCUUACUUUUCUGCAUUACACCUCCUACCUGUAACCAACAUAAUACAGGAUGGCCUUGGUCUCAAGCUUUCAUAGAACAUUCCAGCUUUCUUGGAAACUAUCCCAAAGAUAGACAUCCAAAUUUGGCCGUAAUCGUAAUGCAUGACGAUGAAGCUUACCUUGCGCCUGAGUGGGUUUGGGAUGGGACUGAGCGGAUCAGAACCCUAUCCGGAAUCAUUGAUGAAAAAAUCCAGGUGGGAUGCAGAAAAGUAGAAUCUGGUUUUCAAAAUGAGAGAGCCUCUUCUAUUUCGGUUCGUGGUAAUUUUUUAAAUCUUAAUAUAACAUCCAAAAUCCACCCCGGCAUUUCAGAAAAAUUGUGCCCCACUGAGGACUGGAAAUGUACCAGACAAGAUACUUUUAUCUUAUGUUGUCGCCAGAAAUUUACUGGCAACAACACUUCUUGGGACCCGAAUGACAUUAAUGUGGAGGUUACUAAAUCUUGUAAAAAAGAACAAGGCGAUUGCUGGCUCAACUUCACUAUGGUCAAUCCUAUCUCUGUGGUGUGUAAUUGGAAACCCGACCCAAAAACUCGACCAACACUAUUAGGUCUAACUCAGAAAUUCAGAGUGGUUGCUGUAACUAAACCAAAACUCGUUGCAAUACUCAUACACCAAGACAGAGAUAUUUCCUUUGUUUUAAACAGUAAGGAAGCAAUCUCUUUCUUCACUGUUGCCCCAGGUGAGGACAUUUCUGUAAGAUGUCAGUUGAUGGCUGAAUCACUAGUUGAGCCAGUAAACAGCUAUGGUAUUGGACCGCGUGACUUUAUUUUAUCAUGUAGAACCCAAGGUAUGAACUGUUGGUUAAAUUUCACCGCAGUAAAAACUUCUUACAAGGUUGUGUGUGGAAAAAAUAACACUAGACAUUGGGGUGAGUUAAUAAUAAAAGUUUUAACACCCACAACUCCUCCCAAAGUCACACUUCAACCAAAGAUUUAUGAGAUUGGACCAUUUGUAGUUGGAAAUACCGGUCAACAACAAAUGCUAUUUAAACCAGAAUGGUCUCUCAAACGGGUUGAACUGCUGAUGCAAAAUAAUGUCUCAGAAAUUCAACCUGCCUGUACUCCCUUUUUACACACUUCUUAUGAGGGAUGGACUACAUGGUUGCGUAGGUCUUCUCAGAGACGAAUAACGAGAGACCUGACUGGUGUUUUAGGAACCAGAUUGGGGGUUCUGAAUAGCAUUGAUUCAGAGGUAUUAAUGAACAAAUUGGCUACCACAACUUAUGAUUUGGCAAAAAUGCAACAGCCUUUACGAUCUUCCCUUUUGGCUUUGGGAACGCAUCAGUGGCUCUUAUCCAAUAUAUUACCAAAAUGGGAAAAGAUGAAUGUAAAAGAUCACAAACUAAUUCUAGACACACUCGGUGUAGCCCAAAGCAAUAUCUCUUUGGCUCUCAGUUGCAUCCAGGCUCAAUUGUGGAUGCAAACAGUGGCAGCAUCAAUCAUUAGAGAAGGUGAAGAAGGCAUUUUUCCUACAGAAAUCCGGAAAAUAAUUUGGGACAAUGCCAACAAUUUUGAACAAAACCUCCAGUCUUGGUGGAAAUUGGUAAAUUUUACCUAUGAUCCUGUUAACAAUGUUGUAACGGCCUAUGUACUAACCAUUCACAAUGCUUCUGUAUUUUUGAUUUAUCCUGUUUAUGCAUUAGGCUUAAAUCAUAAUGGAACUAUACUUUAUCCUUUCGAGCAUAGAGCAUGGGCUCAAAGGGUGAAUGAUAAAUGGCAGACAGUAGACCUGGAAUCUUGCAUUGUGCGGGAACAACUAGGAGUUAUCUGCGAAAAUAAUGCCAUCCGAACACAAGAUUUUUGCCUAGAUACCGACCAAAAGGUUUGCCAUUUUGAAGUUCGCCCCGAGGCUAACACUAGAACUGUAAUAAUCUAUAUUGGCAAUGGUUGUGUAUGCUUGAGAACUAUUUGCAAUAAUAUCACAGUAGGAAAUGUAAUAGUUUAUACUAAUAAUCACACGAAUUUUUGUGUUUGUAAUUUUACUGAAAUCAUCGGAUGUGACUUCUCUUACUCAGCUCCAGUCACUUCCCACCAAAUUUUGAAAUCUAACCUCACAUUGAUUCAUGAGAUAAUACCUGUAUCUAUUGGAAUGAACACAAAUCAUACUAAGGAAUUAGUACAACAUCAAGAUUAUAUUCAAAUAUUAGAGGAAAUUAAGAAAAAUGGACAGAAAACUCUGAUAACCGUUCACCAUAGUGUGGACAAAUUACAACGAAUCAUGAAAAAGGUGAAGAGUGAUGGAGAACAUAAUUGGUGGGAUACGCUUUUUGGGUGGUCGCCUACUGCUACAGGCAUCCUAAAUAAGCUGUGUCACCCUAUUGUUGUUCUCCUAAUCCUCUCCCUAGUCAGUAUCAUUCUAUCUGUAACAUUGUAUAUUUUUAAUUGGCGAAUGAUAAAACGAAUGAGAAUUUUGUCAUCGACACUCAAUACUCGCAAAUCCUUGAAUGUCAUAUCCAAUAUUGACAUUCCAAAAUCUAUUGAUAUUGAGCAGGCCGUGUGGCAAAAAGUAAUGUAAAAAAAAUCUUUCCUUCCCUGUCCUCCCUCUUUCUCCCCCUUUUUUCCCUCUUCUCUCUCUCUCUUGGUGCUACCACCUUGCGGUCCCGAAGAUAACUAAUCCUGAGGACAAAUGUUGAGCCACCGGGUGGUGUGAGGGUCGAUCAAAGGAUCAAUUUUUGUCUCAACAUUUCUCAUCAAGUGCUAAACCACAGGCACAGGCCUUGCAGUAAUAGCCGAAGCUGGUAUGCCUUGUACCUAUCAAGAUUAGUACAGGACAAAUGCUUUGUACCUGUCCCUAAAACUUACUAUUGUAAAAGAUCCAUGAAGCAAGGCAAGCUACAGACCCAAAGACUCCUCAUUAACUACUAUUGUGAAAGAUCCACGAAGCGAAGCAAGAAAAUUAACGCUGGAACUUACCACAGACUUAUACCCCAACAUAACAUGCGUAAGGACGAGUUCAUUUAAAGUGCAAGGUGAAGAUGACUACUAGCCUUCAUCGGGGACCCCAAAAACGACCACCGCCGCCAGGAGAAGCGCAUGUGCAAGGGGAGAAUACCUGCCUUCAACACUGACCACGCCUCAGACACUCCUAUCCUGGCACGUGUGGCCUGCCAGGUGGAGUUUGGUGGGACAAAGGCGGGUCAUCAGGAGUAAUCAGGUGUACGAACUAGCAUAAAAGACAGCUCCGGAGCAGCUGAACUUGGAAGAUCUUCCCCACCGUGAGAUCACAUCGAUCGAAGACAGAAGCAGAGGAACCUCUUCUGGACCGGGACCCCCAAGACGCCGGACGUCUGUGGACCCGUGGUGGUAGCUAUAACCCCCUUUUUCCUUCCUUUUUUUCUUUCUUCUUUUCCUCUCCAUCCUUUCUCUUACUCUCUUUUAUCGCAAGCCGCUUCA